AUGGCCUAUUCUCUUCAUUAUUUUCAACCAAGUCAUGGCUUAGCGAUCUAUUCACAUUCUAAUCCUUUCCGUGUUCAGCCAAUACCUGAACCGUCUCACCAUUGUAAAAAUAAUAAAUCAGCACACAUUGAAACCCACUUGUUGCCUUUACAAGGUGUAAAGAUAGCAAAUCUAGUUUUUAAGGCAAUAAAAGCAAUUAAUGCGAAAAUUGGGUUUUUUUUCCACACUAAAUAUUGUAUGUUCGUUUCUGGUGGCAUAUAUGAAGGUCUGGGCCUUGGUGCUGACCUGGUCAGUGGAGUUUGUUUGCCGUUUGUAUUGAUGUGUCUAUUGUUUCGAGUAAUGUUUGAUGGUUUUAAAUGCAGUUUUUUUUUCCAUUUCAAAUAUGCUGGUCUUUGCUAA